AUGGAUUCGGAACAUUUUUCGCCGUAUCGGCCGGAUGGGAAGCUUUAUGGCUUUGUCUGUGUAGUGACAGGCGCUACGCAACCUGUGGGGAAGGCUAUCGUGACUGAGCUUGCUGCCCACGGCGCAGCCUGCAUAUACGCCUGCUCCACGCACCCCGACGAACCCUACGCCGACCUCGCCAGCACCGUCAACGUCGCCUAUCCAAACACAAAAGUGAUCGGCUACCCCUACAAAACCACCUCGGAAGAAGACACGCUCGCACUCAUCGACGACGUGCUCAACUCCUGGGGGCGUCUCGACGUCUGGACUUCCUCCACGGGUCUUCUGGGUCCACCCUCCAUAACGAGCACGGGCCCUAAGGAUCUGUACGCGGCGUUUGAGGCGAAUAGCAUGCCGGCCUUCUUUGCGUUGAAGUAUGCGCCAGCUGCGAUGGAGAAGACGACGAAGAAGGGGAGCUAUGCGAACGCCGCGCCCAAGGAUGUACCGUAUGGGAGUAUUAUCAUUGUGAGCAGUGUGGCGGGGACGUAUGGUGGGUGCUGGGGUCCCGCGUUUACUAUGUCGUCGCACGCAGCGCUGGGUGUCGUGCGCUCAGGAGUAGCCGUCCUAAAGGGCACGGGUGUGCGUAUCAAUGCGAUUACGGCGGGGCAGAUUGAUGUGGGUGUGGAUUUGAAGGGCGCAAAGAUGAAGGAGAUGGAACAGGGGCAGUUUCCGCCAAGCACGCUGCAGAGUCAGGAAGCGCAGAAGAGGGUUAUUGGAUUGGAGAGGGCGGGGAGACCCGAGGAGGUGGGCAGGGUCGCUGGGUUUUUGGCGAGCGGGUUUUCGAGCUAUAUUACGGGCGCAGAGUUGAGGGUUGAUGGGGGUGCGAGUGUGAUGAAUCCGUUGACGGUGCCCGUGUGA